GAUUUUAUUCUGCUUGAAAUAUUAAAUAUUUUAGUUGAAAUACGUUUCAACCUCAACAUUUUAAAAUGGAAAUCACGUCAGAAAAUUUUAAGGAGCAGCUGCCUUCCAUUCGGCAAAACAUUCAAGACGCCAGUUUCUUCGCAUUCGACAGUGAAUUCACCGGACUUACCACCGAUCGUAACAUUUUUCCGUUCGACACCCCCGAAGAAGUGUAUCUGAAAACGAUCGAAAAUUCGUCUCAGUUUGCCAUUAUUCAGCUGGGAUUGUGUGCCUUUCGCGUUGAUCCGGAAAGCAAGCGAGUGACGUACAAAUGUUACAAUUUCUACUGUUACCCAAAGGGACGGUUAAAUGUGUUCAGUUGCCAAGGGGACAGUAUGCGAUUUUUAGCGGAAAAUGGGUUUGAUUUCAAUAAGCUUUUUCGCCAUGGGCUUUCCUAUUGCUUGGAGGCAGACGAGGAACGUCUAAGGGCGGAAUUACGCGAAAGGCAAGAACAGCGUGCAACUGCACUGCAAGACGACGAUGUUACGGACGAAGAUAACAGUUCGGUGAAUAUGGUUCCAAUCCCACCUGGAGAGGAGAAACUGUUAACUGAUAUAACCGAACGGAUUGAACAAUUCAUUGCUUCGGAUGAAGCAGAGUUAACGAUUGCCGACUGUAAUGGAUUUCAACGUAAAUUAGUCUACCAGCUGAUAGAGUCGAAAUAUAAGAAGCAAGUUUCGACAAACUCGGUAAAUUUAGCGAAUAAACAUAAAGGAAUUUUGAUCGAACGGAAACGAACCAAGGAGCAAGAACUGAAGUUAGAUGAGGAUCGUGCUGUACAAGAGAACGAAGAUUUGGAGAAUAUGAUUGGCCUUUCUCUGGUGCUGCAGGAACUGUCCAAAUCUAGGAAGCUUAUCAUUGGUCAUAAUAUGCUGCUGGAUUUACUGUUUGUAAUUAGACAAUUUUUUCGCCCUUUGCCUUCAGACUAUCAGGAAUUUAAAAAUAUCGUUCGGCAUUUAUUUCCACUAUUACUGGAUACUAAAUACCUGUGUACGAAUGCAGAGCUUAAAGUGCAUGUUAAUUCGUCGGUUCUGGGACACGUGUUUGAAUCGGUGCAAAAGGAACCAUUCAAAAUGCCGGAGGUUACGUCUGAUUUUGAAGAGUAUGAGUAUUCAACAGAUGAUUCGAAGCAACACGAAGCAGGUUAUGAUGCAUAUGUAACGGGACUCUGCUUUCUUGGACUCACUAGCUAUUUUAAAUCCGAUCUGCUACACCUACAGAAUGAUCCGACGCUGAAGGGUUACUUCAACAGAAUAUUCUUGCUUAGGGUCGCGGAAGUAAAUUACAUCUACAUUUACGGUAAAGAACCAUCUAUAUCACGAGAGCACGUAUUUUUCAUAACCUUCCCGGAAAACUGGCGUUCGUCUGACAUCCUUAUUCGUUUCCGAAAUUAUGGGCAAGUGCAUAUAAAUUGGGUUAACAAUAACUCAGCGUUUGUUACGUUACACAACCGAGAUUAUGCUAGCCACGUGAUCAAAACCAUCGACAAAUCGUCUGCUCAGUUUACGAUUUGCACCUUCAACCAAUUUAAGGCAAAGCAGCAAUGUGCUGGAACUAAACGGCGAUUCAAUAGCGGUAGUUCUGAAAGAGGACAACCAAAGUGCGGUAAAAUCGAAAAAGAAGAAAAAUCGUCGUCCAUAGUUCUACCAGCGGUGACGGGUGAUGAGAUUGCAUCUUUUGGAGUCCCCAGUCAGCCUAAGAAGGCAAAGAAGACGGAGUUUGCGGAAAACAAUGACUGGUAGACUUGAGUAUUAUGACGAACGAUUUUUAUGUACCUAUCAGGAAUUCGAUAGCAGGUUUUCGAUGAUACCUAAAAAGGUGAGCACCGGUAGCGUAAUAUACGCUGAAUUGCAAAAAAUACAUAUUGAC